GAAUAAGUUCAAUGAGAGGAACAACGGGACCAGCUCGCCCACUCGCUCCGCCAGGGCCGGUAAGAUACGAAUUAGAGGCCGAGCUGCGGAGCCUGCUAGUCCGUUGGCUGGAGGAGUGGUUCUAUUUGUCUCCGAAGCCCGAGUUCAAUCCAGGGCAAUGUCGGUGAUGGCCCAGUGCGAGAAACCGCCAAGGCCUUAAGUAUCCUCCCAGCUCAGAAGUGAGCCGGAGCACGAAGGAGGACACUUCCGGAUUUCCUAGAGUGGUCGAGAGGCAAUACCCGGAAGGAAAUUUGGAGAGUUUCCGGCCAUUGUUCUGUCCUUCUGGUGUGCGUGGCUGGAGUUCGAAAGGUUCUGCCUGUUUCUCGGUCCUCCUGCUUCUAAUCCUCACCGCCCGCGAUUGAGUUUUCUUCUCUUCUCCCUGGACUGCCACGGGCUCCCAGAUUGUAAGCUACUGGAGGGCAUGGAUUUUCGAUUGGUUUGGUUUUGAAAUAUCCACUGCAGCUAGUACAGUGCCUUGCAAAGAACAGUAUCAUUAAAGAGACAUUCCUUGUGUAUUGUACUCUGGUAGAAGACAGCAGUUCCAGAGCAUCCCAUGGAAACACAAGCUGAUUGUGCGUCUCAGGAACCUCAGCUCGUGCUUGAGAGUGCUUCACCUCCUCCCAAAGUUUCUGCUUCUCUUGGUAAAGGUAACCUGGAAGACCAGAUGUUGGCAGCUGCCCUUCUAAAAGCCAAGUCCCAGGAACUGGUGACAUUUGAGGAUGUAGCUGUGUAUUUCAUUCGGAAAGAAUGGAAACGUCUGGACCCUGCUCAAAGGGACCUCUACAGGGAUGUGAUGCUGGAGAAUUACGGGAAUGUAUUUUCACUAGGCUUUCCAUUCCCAAAUCCUGAGAUAAUCUCUCAUCUGGAUGGAGAAGAAGAACCAUGGGUCCUGGAUUUGAAUAGAGCUGAAAGCCAGGGACUCCAAAGUGCCUCUUGUAUAGAUGGUGAGACCAGAACUAGGAAUGAUCAAGAAAUUUCUGAAGCUGCAGAAUCACAUGGGGUGAUACUGGGAAGAUUUCAAAAAGAUGUUCCUUCAAGUCUCAAAUUUGGAGAAACUUGUGAAUGGCAAGAUGAUUUAGAGAGGCAGCUGGGAAACUCCAUGGAGGAAAGAUUGAGGAGAAAGAUGGGAGAUCUUAGACAAGUGAUAGUUGAGGAUCAGAAAAGCCCCACAGAUGAGAGAGUCCAACAGUACAAAGAAUUUGGGAAUAGUUUUAGUCUUAACCCAAAUCUUGUUAUACAUCAAAGAGGUUCUAUGGGAGAUAAACCACAUAAGUGUGAUGAAUGUGGUAAAAGCUUUAAUCGAACUUCCGACCUCAUUCAGCAUCAGAGAAUCCAUACAGGGGAGAAGCCCUAUGAAUGUAAUGAAUGUGGGAAAGCCUUCAGUCAGAGCUCACACCUUAUUCAGCACCAGAGAAUUCACACUGGAGAGAAACCUUAUGAAUGUAAUGACUGUGGGAAAACCUUCAGUUGUAGCUCUGCCCUUAUUCUACAUAGGAGAAUCCAUACUGGAGAGAAGCCCUAUGAAUGUAAUGAGUGUGGAAAAACUUUUAGUUGGAGUUCAACCCUUACUCAUCAUCAGAGAAUACAUACUGGGGAAAAACCUUAUGAAUGUAAUGAAUGUGGGAAAGCAUUCAGUCGGAGUUCAACUCUUAUUCAUCAUCAAAGAAUUCAUACUGGAGAGAAGCCCUAUGAAUGUAAUGAAUGUGGGAAAGCCUUUAGUCAGAGUUCUCAUCUUUAUCAGCAUCAGAGAAUCCACACAGGAGAGAAACCCUAUGAAUGUAGGGAAUGUGGUGGAAGAUUCACCUAUAGCUCAGGUCUUAUUCAGCAUCAGAGAAUACAUACAGGGGAGAAUCCCUACGAAUGUAGUGAGUGUGGAAAAGCCUUCAGGUAUAGCUCAGCUCUUGUUCGUCACCAGAGAAUCCACACAGGAGAGAAAUCUUUGAAUGUGGUGACUAUGGGCAAAGGUUCCAUCAGAGUUGCUGCAUUAAAUAUCAGAGAAUCCAUCCAUAUGAGAGAGUGAGAAUCUUGUGCACCACUAAAUACAUUUAAUGCAGAAAAAUGUUUGGUUAGAGCUUGUUCUUAAGAAUCCUGACAGACUCCAUCCUGAGGAAUAUUCUUUGAACAAGAAAAAUGUGGAAAGUUUCCUCUUAUUUGGAACUCUUUCACUGUAAAAUAAAGCAUAUUGGGCAAAACAACUCAACCUUAAUCCCAUCAAGGCCAAUGAAGAGAGGCCAGCUAUCUAGGUAGCUUUCCCCAGGAUUGAUCUCAGUUACGAAAGUAAAACUUCCCAAAGAAUAGUUGGUUGAAGCAUAGAAGAGGGCUCUGAUUCUGAUAUUGCUUGGAAAGGAGUUUACUAUUCACCUUUAUAUAUGUAUAAAUAUACAAGAGAGGAACUAUUUUGGAAGAUUUCAUGGUUUCAUUUUGGCAAAUAGAUUGUAGAGGUAAAGAUAUUGAUAUUGGGAGGGGGGUGAUAGGCUGUGUCUCAAAAGCUAGUUUUUCUAAUAAUUAAAAGGAUUUCCUGCUGUACCACUAAAGGAAGUGGGGGGAGGGUAACAUUAGGUCCUGAGGGAUAUGGUUAUCACCAUACAGAGAAGAAAAAAUUUGGGUUUCCUUGCUCCUUUGGGGGAAUAUGGAAGCAGCUCUUUUGAGCCAGGAUGGCUUUCCAAGCUAACUAGAUUGUUUUCCCAAUCCUUAUUUCCCCUCAGUACAAAUGAAAUGCUGUUUCACUUUUUCAGUCUGUUGAAACAUGUUUCAGUGUGAUUGGAUAAAUAUGAAUACAUUUUUAUUGAGGAUUCAAGGAUUUCUUCCCUUGCUGCCCAUCCUCCAAAUAAAUAAGAAAUUUUUAACUACCUGUGGCUAUGGAUUUGACCUUUAAAAAAAUUAAUCCAGUUUGGCCAUA